AUGGCAUUGGCGACAGAAGAAUCUGAUGGAAUUGAAGAAGAAAUUUCAAAGAUAGAAAAAGGUCUUGUAAGCACCUCUCAUAACCCAGGAACCAACACAACCGAUGAUUUUCGUUCAUCAGCUGCACCGCCAAGCCUCCCUCAAAAGUUGAUUGCAGAGUUGAUUGGUACAUACUUUGUGAUAUUUGCUGGGUGUGGUUCGGUGGCUGUGAACAAAAUAUAUGGGAACGUCACGUUUCCUGGCGUAUGUGUAACAUGGGGUCUCAUUGUCAUGGCCAUGAUAUAUUCAGUCGGUCAUAUUUCUGGGGCACAUUUCAAUCCGGCCGUCACCAUCACCUUUGCCGUCCUUCGCCGGUUCUCUUUCCGGGAGGUCCCAUUAUAUAUAGUAGCUCAACUAUUGGGAUCAACCAUGGCUAGCGGUACAAUUGCUGUACUUCUUGAUGUAACCCCAAAAGCUUACUUUGGAACUGUUCCAGUUGGAUCUAACGGCCAGUCCUUGGUCUUUGAAAUUAUCAUCUCCUUCCUCUUGAUGUUUGUCAUCUCUGGAGCUUCCACAGAUAGUAGAGCGGCCAGUUUCAGGGGCUUCGAUGAACCCGGCGAGGAGCUUAGGGCCAGCGAUUGUGAAGCAUGUGUACAAAGGGUUAUGGGUGUAUAUAGUGGGACCAAUAACCGGAUGCCUUGCAGGAGGAAUUGCAUAUAA